AUGAGUUUCUGCAAGAACUGCAUGAAAGGCGUCACCCACGAAGGAACUCCACAGGGUAAAUGGGAACUCAUAGGCGGCGUAAACUCCUACGUCGCAACACCCACCAUCGACUAUCCCAAAGACAAAGUCGUUCUCUUCCUCACGGACGUGUUUGGUCCGCAACUUGUCAAUGCCCAGUUGCUCGCUGAUGAUUUUGCGAUUAACGGGUUUAAGACUGUUGUGCCAGACUAUUUGAACGGCGACCCUAUCCCCGCUGACGUUAUGACUUCCGGGAUAUCAUUCGAUUUCGAGAAAUGGCGCUCGAACCACACACAAGCGCAUACCCGGCCUACCCUCGACAAAGUCAUCGACGCACUCAAGAAGGAAGGUGUCACUACCUUCGGGGCGACUGGGUAUUGCUUUGGCGGACGAUAUGUCUUCGACCUCGCGUUUGAGAAUAUCAUCAGCGCCUCUGUCGUAUCGCACCCCUCCUUACUCGAAAUACCCGCCGAUCUCGAGAAAUACUUCAACACAUCCACCUCCCCGCUCCUCAUCAACUCCUGCACCAACGACGUGCGCUUCCCAUUGUCCGCAUCCGCUAAAGCCGACGAGAUUUUCGGAGAGGGAAAGUUUGCGCCGGGGUAUAAGAGGGAGUACUUUGAAGGCGCGGAGCAUGGGUUUGCUGUUAGAGGGGAUAUGACGAAUCCGGUUGUGAAGAAGGCGAAGGAGGGAGCGUUUGAGAGUGCUGUUGCUUGGUUUAUUGAGGAGCUUUGA